UUCGUUUGUAAAGUAUUAUCGGAAAUGAUUUCACCGCCCUGUUGGGACUUUGACGUCACUGCGGUCGCGUAGAAUGUGCGCUCGUUUUGUUGAACAGAACAGCCGGGGCAGAGAACGUCCAAGAUUAAAUCCGAAACCAGAAGGACGCCUGCUUUCUGAUGUCUUCGCGUCCCGCACGCCCGGGCGGGGAAGGGAAAGGUUAGCAACAACAAUGGGGAAAGUCUGUAAAGAGCAGAACACCAAAUCAUGGCUUUCUGUGAUUUGGCAAGUCUGCAACGUUUUCAUGUCCUUAUUCUUCGCUCUUGCAACGUAUGUACAGAUUAAUGACCCAGACGCAGGGUUAUGGAUGGUCGGUUAUGGUGUCCCUGCAGUGCUUUGUGUUUUACUUGCCUUGAGUCCCCACGUGACAGAGACUUUGCCCUGGAGGCGUGUUGCUGAUCUCCAUGUUAUGGUUUCCAGUGCUGUUGUUGCCAUGUUGGGUUUGCGACUUAAUAAAGAGCAAAUCACAGAGAUCUUCCAACAGGAGGAGGGCAGAGAAUUUUCUGGUCUCAUUUUGACUGUUGUUUGGCUUCUCAUGUGCCGCCACUCUGGGAGGGCUCCAGUCGGGAUGCUCAGAGUCUCAACAGCUGUUGCCAUCACAGUUUUUCCCUUUGUGGCCUGGCUUUACUACCAUCUCAAUAAGGAUCUGAGAUCAAACUGGCCUUCACAUUGUAAAACUGCUAUUUAGUUAUCAGUUUCUUGCCACUUGUUGGCUGAUUAAAUGUUCCUUUUGAUUUGUUCCUUGACUGAAAAUCGUGGACCAAGAGUGCUGCUUCGGUAAACCUUUUGUAGUGUCAUUAAAUCCACAUGUGACAGCUAAGGUGCAUUGAAAUGAUGUCAUUCAAAAGUAUAAAAGUUAUUUUUCAUGUUUA